CGGUUUUGCAAGAUUUCGCAGCACGAUAAGGUAUGUUAUUUGUAAUGUAUAUUUCCGGCUUGUACCCUGCUGUGUGUAUGUGUGCACAGUCCCUGGGCUCUCCCUCAGUGAGUUUGUGGACCCUGUUUACACUGUAUCCACCUUCGCGCAUGUAUGUGCUUUCAGCUCGCCUCAUUGCUUCACCGACACUGAUCUCCAAACCACGCUCCAGGUUGAUAUCGCAGUAUUCUUGUGUAACUGAUGCCCAGUAACACGCUGUGACUUUCACCCUUAUACGGACUGCGCCAUGUCAGGGCAAGGAGUUAAGGACAUCCUGAAGAAAGGCUGGCAUCCCGAGAAGGAAGGAACGUCUCUCAAGGGGCAGGUGGUAUGUCAA